AUGCGAAGGCCAGCAACAAGUCAUCAGCGCUCCAGCCUGCUCCGGGAAAGCAUUCCAAGUUAUAUCUCCAGCAGCUACGUUUCGACGGAGGGUAGCUUGCCGGAUGCUCGGGAGUCACAAUGGCGCCAUUACUUCACUCCUCGCAUAGCCGACGAAGAAAGACCUUUCUCCAAGCGUCCCCGAACGUCAUCCGGCAUUCCCACACCAAUCAGGAGGGUAUAUCCGGACAAAAAGCAUGUACCAGUCCUGGUGUCAGCUUUCGACCUGGCAGGGCCUGCGGGCGUUGUGUUUGACAGAUGGGACAGUGAAGGAGGAAGCGAUGUUGAAGAUGAUUUUGCAUCAAGACAGUUCAACGCGAGCACACCCUCGUCGCCGCUUCCCAAUCAUGGCUCCUUCCCAGAGAAGAACAGUCCACGACGCUCUUUCUCCAUCAGCGAUCUUCUGUCCUCCGGACCGCAACCGUUAUGGCGACGACCCUCAUCGAGCCGAAGCAAACUACAGCUAUCAAAGCGAGGCCGGCCAAGAGUUGUGUCAAUGCCCAUCGACUUCGUAGGCGAUGCAUUUAAUCCUCCACCGGACUUUGAUGGCAUCGAGCGGCCUGCAAAACGUCGAGACUUUGGUGCCCAACCGUUGACGUCGCACAGCAUGCGAUCCUUCUUGAAUGGUGCUCUUGAUAGCAAUCCACCUUCUGACGAAGAAUUGAAAAUAGUCUCCGAUGUAGGAAUCUUACCCGCGCCGAAUACAGAAUCACGACUCGAUAUCGCCGAUCCUUUGACACAAGAGUCCACACGCCGGCCAGCUACAGAGAAUGAAUUCACGAUGCGUCCUCCUCGCUUAUCUGCGGCGCUCUCCGAACCUGCCUCCACUGUAGGAUCGGAAAGUGAAUUACGAUCACUGGACGACACCAGCACAGAUUAUCAGAGUGAUCACGCAUUCGACUCACUACCAACGAGAACUACAAGAAGUAGCUCUGGUCGACGAGGACCGCACAUUGAGACCAUAUUCGAUGAUUCACCACCUACAUAUUCGUCAGGCCGGAGCAAUAAAUUGCGCGAUUUUCUGAACGACGGCCAAACAUCUGGUGGUGACCACAAUGCUCGAUAUCGACACAGCAUAAUUGAGGAGGAGGGGAGCGUACUCAGCACACCUGUACGAUCAAUUCACAAUCGGAGCGUCACAAACACGCCGUCUGCGCGACCUGGUGCUUCUGACAUAUUUGCCUCGUCACCACCCACUAUGAACCUCGUCCCCGAUCUUGACGAUCUAGAUUGGGACGCUGAAGAAGAGGACGAGUCUACAUCCAAGCUGGUCUCGGAAGCUAGAGUUCGAUCCCAUGGUCACUCACCGAACGGAACGCCGGCGAGCAAAUCGAUCCCAUUUCGACUUGGGCCUAACUUGCGCUUUUCCAGCCCAGACUCCCCAACACAAAGUCCGUACCGCAAUAAUGUCACAGCCCUGGACCGGACAAACUUGUUUGAUUGGUCUGAGCCUCAACCCAGCCCGGGACAAUCGAAAAACUCGCCGCCGCGGCCGAGAACUGUUCACGGGAAAAAGGAUCAGGACAGCAGAGGGAGUCGGCCAAUCGGUCGCCGGCCUGUGAGCGGCAUGCAUGCUCGAAGUCACAGUGUGCCAGUGGCUCCAGAUGUCGACAACAAACGAUCGAAUCUCAUUGCCAACAAAUUUGGCACCUGGGGAGUUGGCAGCAAAGGAGUGACUGAGGAUUGGGACGAGGACUUCGAUUUCACGCAACCUGAUGCGAUCGCCACUAACAAUGAUGAUUCUACAUCUGGCGGGAAGCGAAUCGACAGCGGCCGUGAUUUUGACGUGCCGCAAAUGGUCAAAGCCUCGCAGGAGAAUGUCGUCGCCAAUAUCGGCCUUUUGCGGGAAUGGGGACUUCUCAUCGAGGAGCUUAAAGAGUUGCGCAUCCGGGCAGUCGCACUGGACAUGCUGAAUGGCCCACACGCUCAGGCAUGGCGCGAGGUCGAUGCUAUGGUGGAGCUCGCGGACCAGGAAUCCGAGGAGCAGACACUGGAACCUCGCCGCUCGCCGCCGUCAUCUCCGGGCUUUGAUUUCGACGCCUUCGAAGACACUGGUGCGGCAGUACGUCCAUCUUCCCGCCGUCCUUCGAUUAUCACUCUCUCUGAGCCUGUGCUGCCCGUCCCUGGAACGCCAACUGAUAUUUCCAAAUCUAAUUCACGACAGAACACGCCAUCACGACCUCGCAAGGAUUCCGAACUGGUGGCACAGAGCGUCAUUGCAGCGCUACAAGGCAAACGCAGCAAUGUGGCGGACCCUGGAUCUCUUGCGCCUGCCGGCCGAACGAAGAAAGUUCCCUUCGACACAGCCACCCUGCGACACAUCGUGCCAUAUGUCAACGCUCUCAAACGGAAGGUCAAAGACGCCUUGCGUGAGACCGAAGGUCUCUAUACGACGCCACAACGCCGGCGCGGCUCUCCACCGCCGUCGGUCGACCGGCAAUCAUUCUCCGGAGGUGCACCUCCCUUCCGGAGCAUUUUCAACGACUUCACUUAUGACGACGGGCCCAAAGACACGAUUACAACAACCACAACCAAAAUGACUCAACGAUCGCCUGGCUCGGCGACACCGUUCGACGACUACAAUAAUGACGAUGAAAAAAAAGCAGACGAAGAAGCGACCGAAAUGCCUCGGUCCGCACAGUCUUCUGAUGAUCUGAUUAAGAGGAUGCAGGGAAUGAGCCUGCCAGCCUCCUCAUGA